AUGACCCUGGUCCCAGUGGGUGUCCGUUACUGUGGGUUAAAUUUUGCUGGUAUCUUGGCCUGCCAGGGAUUAUAUUGGGAAAACCAUGCUCUUCCCUUCACUCCUGGUGAGAAGGGAUACAGAGUAAUUGGUGUGACUGGUGCUAAAGCUAUGGCAGCAGAGUGUGUCGUUGAUCAGAAGAUGCUGUGGCAGAUCCCUGAAGGUGUCAUACGAGGAUGCAGUGGCAUUGCCAACCGCCUACAGCAGAACCUCACUGGGUACGAGGACACGGUGGCAUUGCUGACCACCUAUGGCACAACCUUGCUGGUUCUUGACCAUAGGGCACAGCUUCAGCCAGGAGGGACAACAGCAGAGAGCAGCUUUUGCGCUGGGUGGUGGGUUUUCCUUUGGUCUCAUGUGAUAGUGGCAGCUGGAAGUGACCCCAAAUAUGAGCUGGCUCUGAAGAACGGCACGAGCCAUAGCAUGAACUACAGCCGGAGCAGACAGAGGAGGCAGAAGCUCACAAGCAGCAGAGGAAUCAAUGUGACCACCGAGGCCGUCGGCAGGGACAUCCUCAAGGCAGCUCUGCAAAGGCUGGCGUGGGAGGGCAGGAUUGUGGGGAUGGAUUUUGCCGGAGGAAAAAUCCCCUCAAUUCCCACUAAUCUGCUGCUUCUAAAGAAUGUGUCUGCUAUGGGAGCAUUGAGUCCGUACCAGGAAGAUGAUUUCCGCAUUUUUUCCUCUAUCUCCUCCAUGCCCCAGUAUUGCCAGGAGGGAAAUAUCCAUCCCCAUGUUGGAGCACUCCUCAAACUAGAGGUAAAUGAAGCCUCCAACCAUACACUCCAGCAUAAGGCCACAGGAAAAGUCAUCAUCUCCAUGAAGUAA